AUGAAUAGGACAACGGCUAUUCUUCAAAUCAUAAUCGUUAUUCUAACUUUAAAGUUUACAUAUGGUAGUGAGGAUAAAUACAUUCGCUAUGUCAAAGAUGGCUGCUUUUUGAAAGGCGAAGCAUUUUCGUGUAUAAAAUACAAAGCUUUGAAAGUCGCUAAGAAAACUUUCUUUGGUGAUACAAAUAACGAAACAAUAAUAGGCAAUACUGUAGUAAGCUUAGUACCUUUAGAUGAAGAGACUAUCAAAAAUUUAACUACGUAUGAACAAGUUGAACUUUUACCAAAUGAACCCAGAAGCAUUUUAUCAGAAUGGACUGAAAUAGCUAAAUAUUUUGUACAUUUAGUUAAAGAAUUCUUCGCAAUGAAAGGCUUGAGAGUUAACUUGCCAGAAGGUGCCAGGACUAUUGAAGAACAAGUUGAGGAUGAUGGACGUGGUAAAAAGAAGAGGCUGGCUAUAAUGAUUCCACUUCUGAAUCUAUUAGCUACAAUGAAGACUAAAAUGCUGCUCAUCCCAAUUCUUCUAGCAGUCAUGUUGAUUAAGAAGCUAUUGUUGAUAGCUGCUCUCCUAGUACCAAGUCUUCUCAGCACUUUGAAAGCUUGCAAGCACCACCAUCCAAUGACACACUAUUCGUACUUUGGCGGAGAUUCUUCAGACUUCAAUUCCGACUACGGUAGCAGUUACGCGUACUCCUCAGGAGGCGGAUAUGGAAAGGAUUGGCCAUCAAAUAGGGCAUACACGUUGCCAAAACAUAGACCAACUUCUGCACCUAUUUAUAUUACUGCACCAGGUGCUCCAGCA